CAUAUAUACUUCAUCAAUCAGCUCGAGCUUCUUCAUCAGUUGUGCAUAGCGAGAGUUCAGUCGCAAGAAAUUAGCAUGGAGGCCCAAAACAAGGAGGUUGCUGCUCUGGUAGAGAAGAUCACCGGGCUCCAGGCCGCCAUCGCCAAGCUGCCGUCGCUGAGCCCGUGCCCCGAGGUCGACGCCCUGUUCACCGACCUCGUCACCGCCUGUGUCCCGCCGAGCCCCGUGGACGUGACCAAGCUCGGGCCGGAGGCGCAGGCGAUGCGCGAGGCGCUCAUCCGCCUCUGCUCCAGCGCCGAGGGGAAACUCGAGGCGCACUACGCCGACAUGCUCGCCGCCUUCGACAACCCGCUCGACCACCUCCACCGCUUCCCCUACUACAGCAACUACAUCAACCUGAGCAAGCUGGAGUACGAGCUCCUGGCGCGCUACGUGCCCGGCUGCAUCGCGCCCGCCCGCGUCGCCUUCGUCGGGUCGGGCCCUCUGCCCUUCACCUCGCUCGUUCUCGCCGCGCGCCACCUGCCCAACACGCUGUUCGACAACUACGACCUGUGUGACGCGGCGAACGAGCGGGCCAAAAAGCUGGUCCGCGCCGACAAGGACGUGGGCGCGCGCAUGUCGUUCCACACCGCGGACGUCGCCGACCUCACGCAGGAGCUCCGCGCGUACGACGUCGUCUUCCUGGCGGCGCUCGUCGGCAUGGCCGCCGAGGAGAAAGCCGACGUGAUAGCGCACCUGGGAAGGCACAUGACGGACGGAGCUGCCCUCGUCGUGCGGAGCGCCCAUGGCGCGCGUGGCUUCCUGUAUCCAAUCGUCGACCCCGAGGACGUCGCCCGGGGCGGGUUCGAAGUGCUGGCCGUGUACCACCCCGACGACGAGGUGGUCAACUCCGUCAUCGUUGCCCGCAAGGUGGACGCGCAGGCGACUGGACUACAGAAUGGACGUGCGCGCGCGCCAGGCGCAGCACCGGUGGUGAGCCCGCCGUGCAAGUGCUGCAAGAUGGAGGCCAACGCGCUUGAGAAGAGGGAGGUGUUUGCCACCACCGCGACUGAAUUAUCAGUUUGAUUGAACAGCAAAUGUUGGAGCGUUGCCAACAUCCGUCGGUGCUUGUUGGUCACCUGCAAUCGUACGUGGUGCAUCUCCGAGGUAUUUAUACAUGUAUCUGGUGCCUUGUUUUGGUUUCCUACCUUGUAACGCGCAUGAUCCUACAAUGUGGUGUUAUAUACUUUCAUGUUUAUGUAUCAGUCAUGAAAGACAGGAGUGCAAUACGGGAACAAAUGCUUCGUGUUUGCUAAGUGUAACCUUUUAGAAUAAGAAGGAUUCUCCUUCUAAAAGAAUAUACUACUUCCUUCGAUCCAUAUUGCUUCAUGCUAAAAUGAAUGUAUCUACAACUAAAAUAUUUCUAGGUACAUCAUAUUAGCAUCAAGUAAUAUAGAUUGAAGAGAGUAAUAGAGUUGGUUUUAUGCA